AUGGGCUUUAUAGGCACAAAAGCUUCUGGAGGCUUUAUUUUUAGCAGAGGAUGCACAUGUUCAGUAUUUUUUUCGCAAAUUUCACACAUGUUUAUAUUACAAAAUUUGCACUCAUAUUUCACUCCAUGUACUAUAAACCCACAAACUGAGCACAAAUUAUUUUUAAUCCUAAUUCCAGGCUUAGGCAAAUUAUUCCCUAUAAUCUCUCGCAAAAAAUUCUGAAAAUCUGCAAUGUUAUUAUAUUCGCAUUGAGUUGAAAAAUCGCUCGUAAAUAUGGCAUCUGUGCCUUUGUCCAUAGUUAUUGAAGUCUCAGUAGAGUCUUCUUUAUAUACAAUUGAUUCAGUUUGGAUAGUCACUGAAUAA